GAUGGCAGCGCCCUGGAAAAAGUUUGUCGUGAACGCUUGCCGAGAGUUACCGGUUCUGCAGUCGUUUCGUCGAACAGUUUGGAAAGACAGUAUUCGAGGCGGAUUUGUCGGCAUGGUCGGCAAAACACCGCUCAUCCGUCUUGAGAAGCUAAGUGAAGAAACAGGAUGUGAUAUCACAGUGAAGGUGGAAUCGUCUAAUGGAGGGGGCUCAGUCAAGGACAGGGCGGCUGUCUUUCUUAUCAAAGAUGCACUAGAGAGAGGCCAGCUCAAGCCAGGCGGUACGGUGGUGGAAGGUACCGCAGGAAACACAGGCAUUGGUCUGGCUCACAUAUGCAACGCCAUGGGCUUCAAGUGUGUUAUCUUCAUGCCCGACACCCAGUCCCAAGAGAAGAUCGAUCUUCUGAGAGUCCUGGGAGCCACCGUCUACCCAGUGCCAGCGGUACCCUUCACUGAUCCAGACAAUUAUAAUCAUCAGGCCAAGAGAUAUGCAGAGAGCCUGGAGAACGCUAUCUGGACCAACCAGUUCGACAACACUGCCAAUCUGAGGGCUCACUAUGAAACCACGGGGCCAGAGAUAUGGGAACAAACAGCUGGCAAGAUUGAUGCGGUGGUCUUUGCCACUGGCACAGGAGGGACGCUAGCAGGUGUGGGGAAAUACCUGAAGGAGAAGAACCCCAAUGUCAGAGUCUUCCUAGCCGAUCCACAGGGUAGUGUUCUAUACAACUUCAUCAAGCAUAACAAAAUAGAGAGGACGGAAGGCUCAUCUAUUACAGAGGGCAUUGGUCAGGGUCGGGUCACCGACAAUUUCAAAGAAGCCCCUGUGGACGACGCGUUUGCCAUCUAUGACAAGGAUGCUGUUUACAUGACUUUUCGUCUCUUGCACGAGGAGGGUUUCUUUGUUGGUGCCUCUUCAGGCAUUAACGUGGCAGGAGCAGUGGAGGCUGCUAAAAAGAUGGGGCCGGGGCACAUCAUUGCCACCUGUUUAUGUGACACUGGGCAACGAUAUUAUGGGAGAUUGUUUAACCGGGAAUGGUUAAAAAGUAAAGGACUCUUGGAUUGCUUACCUCCAGAAUACCAAACAACUCUACAUUGAGGAUACCUCUAGAUCUGAUUUGACUUUUGAAACAACUCUGUUUUCACUAAAUCUUAUUUGGAAAAUAUCACUUCGGAUUCUGUAGCGUUAUGUUUCCAAAUUGGUGGUUCACUUCAUAUGUUACAUCCUCUUUUGUCUUUAUUGAGCUUUAAAUUGGAGAGCCAAUUUUUCAUGUGUGGUAAAGAAUAGUCUGCAUAUCUGAAGCCAUAGUUAUAUCCACUAGGCCUACCUGCUGUAUAUAAACAAGAUCAUGAUUAUUGGGUUCCUGGUUCAAUUUCAUGUCACCUGAACCUCGACUGUGCCAAUUCUCAGUGAUCCGGAGCGGAUCACAAUACUACCUGGAUUAUGGUGUACCUGGUACAUGUGCGUACAUCAGGCAACCUCAAUUUCCACUCUUCUCUUGUUUUUGCUCAUUCAGGCCAAUCUGUCUCGGUUUAAAUAGUCCAAAUUUGCACAUCCAGAACUGUGCCAUCGCCAAUUUCCUCCAAGCUGCCUUGGUAAAAAUUGGUGAAAUUGAAAAUGACAGUGCAUGUAGUUGGUUUUAUUCUCAUGCUGCAGGCAUUAUGGAAAAGUACUCUAUGCUCACUCUAUGCUUCGGUGUUUCUGAACAGAAACUGAGAUGGUGCAUAUUUAAUAUUUUAAUUACUAUCAUACACAUGCAUGGUUUUGUCAUGUGUUGAGUGUAGUGCACUGUGUGUGUUAUACACAUGUACCAUACCACAUGUGACUCAUAAUGUGUACUGUUCGUGGCCUCAAUUUUUUGAUCAGUACACAUACAGUGUACAUGAGUAUUCCUUAAAUUAUGUAUCUAUAAUUUUAUGACUGUUUCUGUUGAUUGUUUUCAUGAUUGUAACCGUAUACAUGUAUGUGUAUUAACAUCAAUCAGUUCCAAAGGAAAUUGUUGAUAUAUACUGAUUAGAGGAACCAAAUUUGAUCUAUUUUUAUAUACAUUACGCUCUGAUAUAUAUAGCACACUAUAUAUAUAGCACACUAUGGGCAGCUGAGUUUUCAGAGAAAGAGUUCAGCUGCAUCAUAGCCUAUACAAAUUCAUACUACAAUAAUAUCAUAAAUUAGGUAUGCCUAUCUUACCUCCUGCAGACAUCCGAAUAUCAUCCUGAACACUCAAGAGACACAUGAGAUGACUUCAGCACCUGACAGUUUCUUGGCCUUAUUCAGACACUCAGUUUUGCGACUUCCUUGUUCAUUAUUACAUGACUGGCCAGUCAGGGAGUUGUUUUAUAUGUAAACUGCCACAUUUUUAGUAAAUGUUAUUGUGCACAAUAAGUCUUUUAGGAACGCUUGAAUUGAAUGUUGAAAUUUUUCUUUUCCCAAUUUUUUAACCUUUACCAAAUAUGUUUUUUGAAUUGCGCAUAACUGAAUUAUCCUUUGGAAGAUUUUAAAUCAUCAUCUAAACACAUUUUUCCUAUUUUUACUUCAUUUCUAAUUCCAUUUACUUGAUGCAGUUUAUACUUUAAGCCUUUCAUUGAUCGUAAAUGCAAGCUACCUCUACUUUUGUUUAUUUUGUAGGCUCCAAAAAUUACACUUCCUAAAAUCAAAUUGUUUCAGUUUAGUUACAUAAAAUAGCAACUCCAGGUAGUACCCUCUUGAAGCAAAAGAUUGCACCCUUGGUACCCGCAGGUGCAUCUGGAUUUACUCCUGGAGGAGGCAUUCAGCACCAGUACACUGACAAAUCAUUAACAGUGGAAGGAAAGCAAAUUGGCCUUUCUUUAAAUUUUUCCUUUCCUUUUUCUUUCCAUUGGGGGCAGCCACCACCUUGCCCUCCCCAGUGCCCACCGCUCAAAGGGUUAACAGUACAUAUAUGACUGAUUUGAUGUUUGCUGUAUUUUGUAGAGGUUUAUGAGUAAAUAAAUCAUAAUGAUUUGGAA